CCGGACCGGGUCGACACGGUUCGGAUCUUUAAACUCCCGGGCGGAAGAAUGGAAUAAGAAAAUCUCGAGCUCGAACCCUAAGCAAUUGAAAAUCGAGGGGGGAGACGAUUCGGAUUCGAAGAACAUCAAUUGAAAUUAGAGCUUUUGGAGCUUAGUGAUUCCCCUCGAUUUCCUGUUUCCGUAGACUUCCAUGGCGGAUGGGUACUGGAACCAGCAGCAGCGACACCAGCAACAUGGUGGUCCUCCAAAACGUCGCCGUUCCGACUUCGAAGCUCCACCGUCUGCAGGCCAUGAGAUGCACGGUGGUGGUGGUGGUGGUUACUUCCCACGUGAUGAGGACAUUGAUACAAGAACUAUUGGAUCAGCUUACGAUCGAUACCUCCAAAGCGUGCAAACGAGUUCUAUGCCAAUGGGAGAUCCAGGUCCUCCUCGUAAUGGUGUUGCCAUGGAUGAGUUUAUGAUGAGACGCGGUGGUGGAGUUCACGGUUUAAACGGUCGGGAUAUGGGUUUUGAUCCGCUAGAUUCUGUUGAUAGGCGUAACCGUGAGCCACUUCCUCUACCUCCAGAUGCUUCCAAUACUCUCUACGUUGAAGGGCUUCCUUCUAAUUGCUCUAGGAGGGAAGUUGCUCAUAUAUUUCGACCUUUUGUAGGAUAUAGAGAAGUGAGACUUGUGACCAAAGACUCCAAACACCGGAACGGAGACCCUGUUGUUCUUUGCUUUGUUGAUUUUACAAACCCUGCCUGUGCAGCAACUGCUCUGACCACCUUACAAGGCUAUCGAAUGGAUGAAAACGACCCUGAUUCCAAGUUCUUACGGCUUCAGUUUUCGAGAAAACCAAGUUCAAGACCGGGACAACGAGGAAGGAGGUGAUGGGCACUACUACAUCAACCAAAUGGUAAUUUAUUGUCUCUGCGUGCGUCUGCUGCUAGUCUUUUAGCGAGAAGAGACACAUCCUCUUCUUCAAGUAGAAUCUCAACGAAACCGAACAUUACAUCACUUGUUUGUAUUAUUGUAUUGUUAAAAGCAAAACCUGAGUCAAGAGAAACAAAUAUAUUGGAGUGUGUAGAAGCUGAGGAGAUAGAAACUUACAAGGCUAUUUAUAUAUAUUUGUUUCCUUUCCUAGA